CUCUUCUGUAAAUUGUAAUAGAAGAGGAACCCAAGUCUCCUGCCUUCCCAAUCUUUCUUGGUACACAAAUCUGCAGAAUCUACCAAAGUUCAGCCUUUAAUUUUAGUUACUUCCGAGCAUGGUUGAGAAGAGCUAGCUAGUUGCCAUAUAAUUUACGUAAAUUAUUAUUAUUAAUUAGUUUUUUCGAUCAAAGUUUACGUGAAAGAAUCGAUACAUGAAUCUCCAAACUCAUGUCAUCAUAACAUCUUUGUAUUUACUCCUCUUAGCCUCGACAUGCAUUACGGCGCGGAGAGAAUCGCCGAAAGCUCCGGCUCCUUCUCCUUCUCCUUCUCUGUCAAAUGGUAGUAGUUCAGGUAAUAUAACAACCCUUGCCAUAACUAUCCCAGUUUUUGGAGGCAUCUCCAUCAUCAUAGUGAUAGUAGUGAUACUGUUCAAAAGAAAACUCAUUAGUAGCCAUGGAUUAAUUUUAGGGUUUUGGAUGUUGAUGUGGUUUGGAAGCGUUGUGCUAAACACAUGGGACAUUCCACGCGUCUCCAAAACCCUAGUUUCCUUCCACAUAGUGGUCAAUGUGCUAGGAUUAGUAUAUUGGAUACGUUUAGGUCAUAUGGAAUACAGAAGAACAAAUGAAUGGCCUUCAGUCAACUUGCUGUUUGAAAUUGGAGCUUGGUUCUCCAUGUUCAGUUUGAGUUGUGUUGAAGUUUUUGUACUGACAUUGGUUGGGGAACCCCAAUAUCGUCGAGUUUCUCAUUGGUACCCAGUGGCAGUAGCUUUUAUUUCCAUGGUAGAAAACUAUUGGACCAAGGGGAGGGAAAUUAGAGCAAAUAGGAUGAAGUCACAACUUAUUAAAAACUUAGAGGAAGCUUUUGAAGAAGUCAUAAGGCUUUGCAUGGAAGACCCUAAGAAAAUCAACAUAGUUGAGUUUGAUGAAAAGGUGAAUGAGUUCUACAGAUUGUUGGACAUGUUAGUUGCUCAGCACCGUGAGGCAAUCAUAGUUGCUCAGCAGAGGGAGGCUAUGAAGAAGCAGAAAGGAGGGAUAGUUCAAGUGGGUGAUCAGCUGGUUGAUAAUACAUAUUGUAAUAUUCAUAUCAUAGAGGGAGAUAGUAGGAAGGAAACUUGUGUUGCUCUAGGUGAUGGAGAGAGUGAGAUCACAGUUGAAGAUGAUAGGAAAAAUGGGGCCAUUGAUAAGAUGGAGGCUAAUAUAAAUUGUGAGAUCCAAAUAGAAGAAGAUAUGGGAGUCAAGGCUGAUGAAGGAGCUAGGGCAUAAUUAAUAGUUAUACGAUGUAUAUAUAAUCAUGUACUAAACAUCUAAGUUAAUCUUGUUUUCAUUUUUUUGUUAUUAUUAUUUGGAAGUUCUUGUUGUUUUUAGAGUAUUCGACUUUUGGUCUUAUAGGUAUUGCAACAAUUUCACAAUUGCACCACGUCUUUGACUAUGACCACUUUUAGAGAAUGACUAUUGUGAAAAGGUACUCCAAUAGGAGUCCUGACUAUUGUGAAAAUGUAUUCCAAUAGAAGUCCUGACAUGUAUAGUUUUAUUAGGAACAAAUAUGCCUAAUAAUAUUCUAUUACACCCCCUCAAGUUGUACGGGAGAUGCA